AUGGAACCUUUACGCCUCAAGCCACGCCAGCCCGCGGCGGAACCCGACAUCGAAGACUGGGACGAUGACGAUUUCCAAAUCGACACCGACGAUCUGACAUUCCGCACCGCCUCUACCGCUACCACCCUUCCUCCCGCACGACGCGACUCUGCGUCUUCACAUGUUUCCCUCCGUUCCGACCUCGAAUCUAUCCUGGACGAAGAGACCCACGUGCAUGUCCCGGGCGACGACGAGAAGUCGACCCUCGACGCCAUCGCCGCUGCCACACAGGCCGGCAUUCCGAUACCCAAAAAUGUACCUUCUUCCGCUCUAAUGGGCGGUACUAUUAAACGACUUGGUGGACGAAAGAUCAAGAAGAUCAUGCAGGACGACUGGGAGGAUGAUCUGGUUCUUCCAGACUCGGCUCAGGGCCUUCGCAUCAAACCUCAGGACGGCUCCAGGUUCCCCGACGCUCUCCGACAAGUCAGCGGCGGCUCGAAUCAGACCAGUCCGACCAAAGCUAUGAAGACUCCUCCCGCGGUUUCCAUGCUGGACCGGAGAGAGUCGACGGAAUCAAGGACGAGCACAUUAUCAGGGGCUCUCAACCUGGAAAAGUUCCGUGACAACGAUGACGACGAUGACGAUUUCUUUGGCGAUGGAUCAGAAACUAUCAAAGUAUCAAAGACUCGCCCGCCGAAACCCAUUUCACUUAUCACCCCACCGACCCCUCAGAAGAUUGACAAGCCUUUGGACGAUGAUUUUGAGAACGACUUCGAAUUGCCCUCAGAUGGCAAGUUGAGGCUCUCUACUAGAAAGGACAUCCCAAAGACGCCGUCGAACCAGGCAGAUGAUCUGGACUGGGGUGAGGGUAGCCUUGGUACUCGAUUCGGAGGCACUCGAAGAGACGCUCGUUCGAAUAGGAGCUCGUCUGUCUCCGCCAUGAGCCCCAGCGUUUCGAGCUCAUUCACCGCGGAGAGCGAAGAUGAGACGUUUGAUGGCCUCGUACUCCCCAGCGGCCCGGUCAACUUUGGCGAGAGAUUGAGCCGUAGGAAACUCAGUCGCUCUCCCGUGCGUCCCGUCGAAGAAGAGCCUCCAAACCUCAAGACUCCUCAACCCCGCGAGCCAGAGCCUGAAGACAUGUUUGAUGGCCUUGACGUGGGUGAUGGCGAUGUUUUCAAUUCAGGAAAGCUUACUCUCCAUCGCAAUAUUCGUGUCAAUGCAAACCGCCCGCCGAGCCCCCAGAGGCCCAAGACUGCAAUCUCAUUGACCUUCACCAACAAGGCUACUCCACUUGCGGCCGACCUCGAGGGCGUUUUCCAGGUCGACAAUGAGGUCGCCGAGUCCGAAGAGAAAUAA